AUGUUUUCAAAAUCCCUACGUAGCUCUCUAUCUACUCGGACAACUGCAAAUGGCCUUUCUCCACUGAAUAAGCAAUGGAGGUUCCAGUCCACCACCACUGCUACUGCUACUCCAGAGACAACAACGGAAGAAGUUCCAACAAAGCAGCAUACCUAUAGGCCAAGGAGAAACAUGCUCGCAGCCAAUUUGCGUGAAACUGUUAACAAGGAUUUCACUGAAUUUUCUCCUCUUUUUGAAGAAGUCCAUCGUUCAUUCCAAAAGGCUUCAGCUAAAGAUAUAGAGAAUUCGUUUUCAAACAUGAUUUCUUUAGGCCACUUAUUGUUGAACAAAAUUGAUGCGAUUCAGGAAACAUCUGGUUCUCAAGUAACAAAAUCAAUUUUAUAUAAGGAAAUUAUCAAUUCUCUAAUUGAUAAUAAACUUAUUCACGCUUCUCAUUUUCAAAAAUACCUUGAUGUUUUGAUCAAUGAAAAAAAAUACACUCAGGCAUUGACCCUUUGGAUUGAAAAUGCUAGUUACUUCAAAAACACUGAAGCUGCAUUCAAAGACAAGAAAUUAUCGGUUAAUGAAGCAAGAUCCAACCUGAAAAUUUAUGGUCUAUUGUUAUAUCUUUUGUCACUCAUUGAAAACAAAGAAAAGAAAAUCGAUCCAGAGUUCAUCAAACUUAUUUUUGGGGAAUCUACACCAGCUACCACAGGUGCACUUGAAAGACUUGCUAGAAAAUUUGACCAAGAAGAGAUCAGAACUGCUGUUUCUUUAUACCAAGCUUACAAGAGUGAGAAUUUCGAUAUCAAUUCGGCGGAAAGUUUAAAAGGUAUCAGAAUUGCAUCAACAAGUGGAAAGUUAGUUUAUUUGGAAAAAACCGUUUCGAAUAAUCUAGCUGCAUAUAAAGGUAAGGAGAAAUUGAUUAAGCCUUCAACUUUAUCGCACUACAUGACUUAUUUGAAUAAGAGUAAACUAUAUUCAAGAGCUAUUGAGCUCUGGAAAUUUGCUCUUCAACAUAAAAUAGAUAUUGGAACUGACGGUUGGAACCAAGCCUUAUUAGCAUUUUCUAAGAUUGAAACGUCAUCCACUUCCAAGCAAGUUGAAUCGUUUUGGGAAGUUUUGAAGAAAACUGUCACUCCAAACUCUGAAUCCUAUGGAAUCUACAUUGAAUACUUGUUUAAAACCAAGAGGCCCGAAGCUGCGAAGGAUUUGAUCAGCAAAUUAAAGAAGGAGUCUCCUAAAUUGUUUGAUACGACUUUAAAGUCAGCACUUGUUGAAUAUUUAUUGAUUUCGAAGCACAUCGAUGAAGCCUACAAUCUAUUCAGACUUUACGAAAAAGACGCAGAAUUCAAGCCAACUACUAUCAUCUACAAUAAAUUACUUGGUAGUUUAGUUUCUGGCAAGAAGUAUGAGGAAGCUACUGCUUUAAUGGAGGAUUUUGUCUCUAAUAAACAUAAAAACAUUCGUCCGGAUAUUGCCACCUGGGUUACAAUCAUUGAUUUAACCUUGAAAACAUCAAGGGAGUUGCAGUUGUCCGAAGAUGAGAUUAUGGGCAAAAUUUUCGGUUUAGUUAAAACAAUGGAGUUGAAUAAUAUCAAGUUGAACAAUGUCGCAUUAAUUGGUGUUGCAACUAACCUGCUAAAAUCUGAUAAUACGUAUAAUUUAGGUGUCUCAAUGUUGUCCAAGCUGGAAGAAGCUGGCAUCAAAUUAACUUCUGUUUCAUACUCUGCUAUCAUAACCUCCUUUACAAACAGAGGUGAUGUUGAAAAGGCCUUGAGAUAUUACAGAAAAGCAGAGAAAAAUGGUGUCUUAACUAACUCAAUUUUCUAUAACUCAAUUUUCAAGGGCUAUUCUAAGACGUCCGAAAUCAACAAGGCAAAGGAAUUCUACCAAGAAAUUAAGUCAAAAUGGGCAAAAUCUAAUGAUAAUAGACUGAUCCCUAAUAAAUACACCUUUUACUUUAUGCUAAUGCAAGGUAUUUAUAACCAGGAUACUGCAUUCAUUCAGUUUGUAUUGAAUGAACUGGGUGAAUUCACCGAGCAAUAUGAGGAUUUCAGCCUUGGCUCCGAGUUACCAAAAAUUUUGGCUUCUUUGCAAUCCAAGGGCUAUGAAAUUCCAGAAAGCUUAAAACUUCAUCUCAAGUAG